AUGGCGCAACCAGGCAUUAUAUUCUACGAUAUCCCUUCCUCUAGCGUAAUCGGUCACCAACCAUGGUCUCCCAAUACGUGGAGGGUUCGGUACGCCCUGAACAUCAAGGGGAUUCCAUUCCAGACAGUGUGGGUCGAAUAUCCAGACAUCGAGGACGUCUGCAAGAAGAUAGGCGCAGCGCCCACCAGCCCGAUUGCACCCCAUUACACUCUUCCGGUCAUUCAAGACACAUCGACUGGUGCCGUCGUAUCUGACGGGCCCUUGAUCGUUGAAUACCUCGACAAGCAGUAUCCCAAUACCCCGACGUUGUUCCCAUCCGGGACCAUCGCGCUGCAAUACGCUUUCGUUGAUGCCCAUAUCGCCGCAAUAUCACCGAUCUUCCCUUUCUCGAUCCCGAGGGUGAACGAGAUCAUCAACCCCCACAGUGAGCCAUACUUCAGGCGAACGCGCGAGGCGAGCUUUGGAAAGAAGAUCGAAGAAAUAACGCCGGUCGGGGAAGCUUAUGCGGAGGGGUGGGAGAAGUAUAAGGAUGGGUUGGGGAAGGUUGACGGUUGGUUCAAGAAGAGCGGAGGUCCUUUCAUCUCGGGGGAUUCCAUCACAUUCGCGGACGUCACGGUGGCUUCGUGGAUGGUCUGCCUGAAGAUCAUCUACGGAGAGAACAGCCAGCAGUGGCGAGACAUUGCAAGUUGGCACGACGGUCGUUGGGAUGGACUGGUUAAUGCGUUUGCCAAGUAUCAGUAG